CUACUUUGACCAACAGAAAGCUGCUUGGUUUGAAAGUAACUUCUGUGUGAGUCUGCUUACAUUCAGAACCACAUGACUUUUAGUCCGUUUGUUUUAAAUUACCCUAGUCGCUGUAAAUAGAUGUAAUUUAUCGAUCCAGUAAACAAAUCCAAGUGCAAAACCGCAACAGCAUAUAAUAAACUACACAAACGAACAUGAUGAAAGAUAUUACCGCGCAUCUAUUAAUCUCCCAUCACUUGAGACAAGCACUUGUAAAAUCGCCCACAUGACGAGUAUCAUUAAAAGGAGGCGGGUGCCUCUCACUUACCUCCCCAUGCUGUCUGCGCUCCUCUCGGUCAUAGUGAACUUUGGCAAAGCGCUCUGUGGAUGCUGGCAGGAGUCGCUUCUCUCGGGCACUGCUGGCACGGGCUGUGGAUGCGAAACAACAGCAAGGUGACAGUUUAAGGAUGAAGCCAGACGCUACUGGGAAAGACAGACGUGUUUAAAAAUCUAACGCGAACUUAUGUGUUGCGUGCUGUGGAUUUAUAGUGUCUAAAUGAAAUAUGGAAGCGAGGAGAAACUCCACAUAUCCACUUAGUUUGGGAUAAACUCACUUGCCAUAGGAUAUUAGUAUGACAGAGCUGGAAUAAUGCCAAUUUAGCUCUGCGUGAAGUUCUGAGUUGUCAAAACCAUAUAUGUGGAGGACAUCAUGGCAGAACUUUAUGAGAGGAGAUAAUCGUUUUUUGAGUGGCUUGAGAGGGGCAGAGGGGCUAUGGUGAACUCAUCCCCAGCCGUCGCUGCUCACGCAGAGGGAGAAGAGAUUGAGGUGCUGGAGAGCACUGAUGUCCUUCCUGUAGCUCCAGAGGACCAAUGGAAGUCUCUUUUUGACAAGUAUGACCCAGAAAAUUCAGGCUUCAUCAGUACUGAGCGUUUCCGAGAUCUCCUUGCGGCUCAUGGAUCAGAACUGGACCCUCACAAGCUGGAGGUUCUUCUUGCCCUGGCUGACGGAAAUGCUGACGGAAAGAUCUGCUACCAGGAUUUUGUUAACCUGGUGAGUUCUGCAGAUGAACUUGAGAUGAGCAACAAACGUUCGAACAGUUUUCGUCGAGCGAUCCUGCAGGGGAGUCGGCAGCUCAGGAAUUCUGCACUGAGAGAGGAAGUAGGCUUGGGUUUGUCUCGGAGACUCGUGCGUCAUGUCGCCUAUGAAACUUUGCCCAGAGAGGUGGACCGCAAAUGGUACUUUGACAGUUACACUUACUGUCCACCACCAUGGCUUAUGCUGGUCAUCACUAUAGCAGAGGUUGUUGUCUUUAUAUAUUACGGACUGCAGCUGAACCGCUGGGUUCUGCAGGUGUCAUCGCCAUACUUCCUGAAGGGCCCAUUGCCAUACCAUCCGCAGCUCAGAGUUCAGGCCUGGCGCUAUCUUAGCUACAUCUUCAUGCACGCUGGAAUAGAACACCUGGGCCUAAACAUGGCCAUGCAACUUUUGGUCGGUGUGCCGUUAGAGAUGGUCCAUGGAGCUUUGAGAAUUGGCCUGGUAUAUGUGUGUGGCGUACUGGCAGGUUCAUUGGCUGUGUCAGUAACGGACAUGACAGCACCUGUGGUCGGAUCAUCAGGGGGAGUCUACGCUCUGGUCUCCGCCCACCUCGCCAAUGUUGUCAUGGUAAUUGGGAAAUCACUAUAUUCCUAUAAUGGCACUUUGAGGAAUUGUGACUUGGUUUGGUCAGAAACAUUUUCUGUAUCUGCAGUGAGUGUGGAGUUUGGUCGUGCUGUCUGGCUCCGAUUCUAUCCCCCAGCUUUCCCACCAUGCCCUAAUCCCAGCUUUGUGGCCCAUCUGGGGGGUGUGGCAGUGGGGCUCACCCUUGGUGUUGUGGUUCUUCAGAACUAUGAACAGCGUUUGCAGGAACAGUCCUUAUUCUGGAUCUUCUUCAGUGUCUACACACUCUUUAUCCUCUGUGGAAUCUUCUGGAACAUUUUUGCUUACAAUCUCUUGGAUGUCAAGUUACCCCCACCUCCAUGAAGCACAGUGUGUUUGUGUGUGUGUGUAAUGACAGGCAAUAUAAUUUAACAGUUGUAAAGGUCAUGAAUGAGAAACAAAUGCUAGUACCUUACUGCAGUGCUCCUGCAAUGUUUGUGUUAAUAGUGCCUAAACCAUGCCAAGUUUUAGUGCCAUCAAAGCAGCUAAAACAGCAGAUUUAGAUUUUUAAGCAAUGAUGAAUGUAAAUUUGCAGGAAAAUCCCAAAGGUUGAUGCUUUUUACAGCUAUAAUUUGUGCCAGCGAUCGAGGGCUAUCAGCGAUAGCACAAGUAUUCAUUUAAAAAAAAACAACAACUUAGAUUUAGAAGCUGCUACUGGCUUGUUAACUGAAAAAAUUAAUUCAUAUAUUCUAUGCUAGUUUAAAUAUUUCUUAAUUAUUGAAGGAAUAAUUACAUUCCUUAAACUGGCACAGAACCUGAGGUUGCAUUAGCAAAGAGAAAUAUCAGUAUGAAGACCUUUUUAGUAAGUGUUCUAUAUUUUUAUAAAUGACUAUAGACAAGUGCAUGAGGUAGUAUGAGAGCAAUGUUAAAGCCCAUUGUGUGUGAAGAACCCUUAAAAGAUAUUAAAGAGUACUGGAAACAAAUGAACAGCUAGAUAUACUUCUCUCUAUCUGGAAAACAUUUAAGCAUUUUUCUGAAAAUAAUACAGCUUUAUAAGGUCGACUUAAAAAAACUGCAGUCCCUUCCUGUUUUCAGUGGUCGUCUGCAAGGGAAUUUCCUAGACUUUAAUAUGUAAACCAUUAUUAAUCAAAUCUCUCCAUAAUAUCUAAAAAUAUGAAUAAUAAUUUAAUAAUCAAUGACAUGCUAUCUUUCUGAUCACCAAGUCAAAACUUGACCGGUCUAUAGUACUGUAGUAAAAGACAAGAGCAAAUCAUGCAGUGCCAUCUACAGACUAUGAACAAUAUUUAAACACUUGUAAAUUAAUGGAGAGUCCGAUUCCUUCUAACAUCUACUCACUUGUGUAGGAAAUUUCACUUUUCCACUCCAUUAUAGCAUAUUUUUUAUACUUCAGACCAGAGGUUCUGAACUCUGGCCCUUGAGAUACACUUUCUUGUAGAGUUAACCUCCACCCUUGAUUAAACUCACCUACCUGCAACUUUUUAGUAAUCCUGAAGAUUUUAAUUAGCUUGUUCAGGUGUGUUUGAUUAGGGUUGGACCUAAACUCUGCAGAAAAGUGGACUUUGAGGGUCCUCGUUUCGGGUACAUUUACAUGACAGAAAUGUACUAAAAACAGAAAAGUUUUUUUUCUUUGCAUUUUUCAUGUAAAGACAACAGUAUUGUCAAAACAAUCCCAGUUCACACAGAUCCGCAAAAAAUAUUAAAAAACGC